AUGGCUACCAGUGCUGAGAAUGAUGCUGAAAGUGAUGGUGAUGGUGAUGAUGACAGGGUCACUGAUGAUUAUGAUGGUGAUAAAGAUUAUGAAGAAGUGGGCCCCUUUUAUCACCAACAAAGAGAUGGAAGUGAUAAAGAAUCUUCGCAAGACAUUGACAACGACGACAGCGAUGAAGAUGAGUACAGCAGAAGUGAAAGCGAUAGUAAUGAUGAGAACCACAAUGAUUCCAUCAACCCUGGCGGUGAAGGGGACUCAAAUGAUAACAUUCUUGCUUUUAUCGAUGAUGAGGAAGAAGUUCAGAGGCCAGUUACGACACGCAAAGGAAGAUCAAUAACCAGAAAGUUGGAAAUUGACUUUUAUUUCGAUUCCUUAUAUUUUAUGUUUGAAAAACAGUGA